GAGACUACAUCACGUGACGUCCUCAUCACGUGACAUUGUUUACUUUCGCUUUGCGACUUGCUCGAGUUCAGUUUUCCGUCUGUAGCGGUUGAAAAUGGCUCGAAAUGAAGAGAAGCAACAAGGACGCUUAAACAGACUUUGGCUGCAGAAAGAGAGAGAAGAGGGUCGACUAAAAGAUGUCCAAGAGCGAAGACCCAAGCUGUGUACACUUAACUCGACUUCCUCUGUGAAAAAGUGGAUCCCCAGCAUCAAGAAAGACAUGGAGUAUUAUUUGCAGCAAUCCCAACUUGCACAUUAUCCUGAGAGGAAGAUAAAAGAGUUUCAGCUGAAGAUAGAAGCCUUGGAACGGGAGUACAAAAGUUUUUUGACCAAGCUACGAGUACUUGACCCCACCUGCAAGCACAAACCUUGGACCCCCAGGGCUUAUUGUAAAAGGAGAGCAGACGUGGAAGAGUCUACGAGCAUUGCAAAAAAAGCAAAAGUCUCAACCGCAGCGUUCAGCCACUCAGAAAACAGUUUGUCAGUUUCCAAGCCGACCACCGAGGUGGCCACCAGAGACCAAGACCAGCCCCUGAAUUUCGACCGCACGCGUCUGGCGAUGGUCACCGCGGCGUUCAGAGGAACGUCGGAUCAACAAGACGUCUCCCAAACGCAGAACCUAGCGAAGGUGCUUCAGCGUUCUUUGCCUAAUUUGGGUAACAUGGCGGCCGUGAAAGAGGACAGAGGGGGAAAUCCUCAGGGGACAGCUGCGAAGUCCUCCCCUGGUCAUGCGCUUGGCCUGGACUGUUACUCUUCUUCUGAGGAGGACUCAGACUCGUGAUUUUGUUAGCUUGUCACAUUUUGCUGGGGUUUUUUUUGUGCUUUUUGACCUUGUAUAUAUAUACAAUGCAAAAUUCUGCUCAAUUUAUUUUCAAGAUUUCUUAAAGGUCUUGCUGGUGCAUGAUUUGUGUCCAAUUUGCAUGAUUUCCCAUGCGCUGUUUCUUGAUCGGCGUUGGAAAAAAAAAAAGAAGUGUCACACUGA